AUGCAUCCAACUCAAAAAAAUCUUGAAUAUCAAAAGCUAACCCGAACCCAAGGCGAUUUCUCGUUCGCCCGCGCACUGGCAGCACAGUACAAAUGCCCCAAUAUCUGCGCAACAAGCUACGAUUCAAAAGAGACUCUUUUUAGCAAAUACCCACAAGCCGAAGAAAAUGUGGAAACCAUCCUAUCAAAGCCAGACCAAAGCGAUAGUGACAGCGACGAAAAAGAAGUCAAGGACGACGAAAAUGAGAAGGAACCUCAAUCUAAAGUCCUCUACUCCGUCGACGCCCGCAAGCUAGGUUCCCAGACUGGCGGGGGCAAAGAACUGCUACGUGGAUUUGCGCGCCGCGAGCGCAAACGUCCAGCCUGGUUCAAUCCCGCUACGCCUGAUCCGCCGUACCAGAGCGGGGGAGCAUGGGAUGUGAUCUGCUUCAAUUUCCCGCAUGUUGGUGGCCUGUCGACGGAUGUGAACCGACAGGUCCGAGCGAAUCAGGAGUUGCUGGUUGCUUUCUUCAAGGCUGCUGUUCCUCUUGUUUCUAAGCCGCCUCCUUUGAUGGAAGCGGAUGAAGGGGAGUAUGAGUAUGAGGAUGGAGAGGGGAGUGAUGAGGAAGAUGAUGAGGAGUCAACUACGGGGAAUGGGAUUAGGACUGGUCAUGGUCAGAUUCUUGUUACAUUGUUUGAAGGCGAGCCGUACACGCUUUGGAACAUCAAGGACCUGGCUAGACAUGCUGGACUGGUGGUUGUCACUAGUUUCAAGUUUCCGUGGAGCUCUUAUGAGGGAUACUCCCAUGCGCGGACAGUGGGUCAUAUUGAAGGGAAGGAUGGGGAGAGGGGUGGGUGGAAGGGGGAGGAUCGGGAGGCGAGAAUGUAUGUAUUUGAAGUGAAGCAGAAGGAGAAGAAGAAGGGGAAGAAGAGAACCAGGGAUGAUUCUAGUGAUAGCGAGUAA